AUUCAUUGCGAAAUGACGAGCAGAGAGCCGUGCAUUUUGUGUGUCGGAAUAUGUUGUAUGGACGUGAUUCAGGUCUGUGACGCGUAUCCCGAGGAGGAUUCCGACAUCAGAUCGAAACAUGGACGCUGGCAGAGGGGCGGCAAUCCGGCCAACAACUGCACUGUCUUCGCACUGAUGGGGCUCAAGUGCGAAUUCAUGGGCACUCUUAGCGACUCCGCGAUGUCCUCAGUGCUCCUGGAGGACUUCAAGGCACGCGGCAUUGCCACGAAACACUGUGUUGUCCACGCGGGGUGCGAAACUCCCAUGUCGUCGGUGCUGCUGAGCCUGAAGACGGGCUCCCGUACCAUUGUGCACUCCAAUCCGAACCUCCCUGAGAUGACCUUCGCCGACUUUGCCAAGUGCAAUCUCGCCGAGUACACGUGGAUUCACUUUGAGCCGCGAAAUCCACCCGAAACCCGGCGAAUGAUGGACGCGGUGCAUAAGUGGAAUGCAAAACUGAGUGAAUCAGAGAGAAUCACGGUGUCACUGGAGCUGGAGAAGCCCGGAAAGCAUCCACUCGAUGUGGCUGAUUUGGCGGAUGUUGUGUUUAUGAGCAGAAUUUAUGCCGAGACUGAAUUGCAGGCCACAGAUAUGCGAAGUGCAGUGGCAAUUAUGAGGAAGAAAGUCCAAAAAGAGUGCAGGAUCGUCUGUGCGUGGGGAUCAGAGGGCAGUGCUGCCAUUGAUGCAUCUGGGGAAAUCUUCUGUGCCCCGUCAUUUCCGCCUGAGAAAGUGGUGGACUCUCUCGGAGCCGGCGAUACAUUCUGCGCUGCAACAAUUUAUGCUCUCGCGCAUGGAAAGUCACUUUUUGCCGCGAUUGUCUAUGGAAAUAUGAUUGCCGGAGCCAAAGUGGGCUUCCAUGGUUACGAUGCAAUUGCAAAUAUCCACUGUGAUAUGUAUGCAACGCUGCCAUUGUGACGAAUGGCGAGAUGUUAAAAGAGAGAGAGAGAGAGAAACAUGGAGAAAACGCACGAGGUCAAAUCGAAUGACAACAAUGAACUUCAAUAGUAACAUUCUCA